AUGACCUUGGCAGUUUGCAGUGAUUUUGAUGAACUUCAUUCACCAAGACCACUGCAGUGUGGCCUAGUUAGGGCUGCUCUUAAGGAUCACAUGAAAUCUGCAGCUACUGGAAAAUGUGACAUCCAGAAAGUUGUUCAUGACAUCAUAGAAAAGCUGUGGGAUCUACGCUUUAAUAGGAUCAAAGAAAUCCAACCUGGUGCAUUUAGACGGCUCAAAAAUCUUAAUACAUUACUUCUAAACAACAAUCAUAUUAAAAGAAUACCAACUGGAGCAUUUGAAGACCUUGAGAAUCUAAAAUAUCUCUAUUUGUACAAGAAUGAAAUCCAGUCAAUUGACAGGCAAGCAUUUAAAGGACUUGCCUCUCUAGAACAACUGUAUCUGCACUUUAACCAGAUAGAAACAUUAGAACCAGAAUCAUUUACCCACCUUCCAAAACUUGAAAGACUAUUUUUACACAACAACAGAAUAUCUCAUUUAGUUCCGGGGACCUUUAGUCAUUUGCAGUCUAUGAAACGACUGCGUCUGGAUUCAAAUGCACUUCACUGUGACUGUGAAAUAUUGUGGCUGGCAGACUUAUUGAAAACGUAUGCGGAGUCUGGCAAUGCACAAGCUGCGGCUACCUGUGAAUAUCCAAGGAGGAUCCAGGGGAGAUCGGUGGCCACAAUAACACCUGAAGAGCUCAACUGUGAACGGCCAAGAAUUACAUCAGAGCCUCAGGAUGUAGACGUUACCUCAGGGAAUACCGUAUACUUCACUUGCAGAGCUGAAGGCAAUCCCAAACCAGAAAUUAUUUGGCUUCGAAACAAUAAUGAGCUCAGUAUGAAGGCUGAUUCUCGUCUGAAUUUGCUUGAUGAUGGCACACUAAUGAUUGAGAAUACUCAGGAGGCAGACCAAGGUAUUUACCAGUGCAUGGCAAAAAAUGUAGCAGGAGAAGUGAAAACUCAAGAAGUUACUCUACGCUACUUUGGUUCACCAGCUAGGCCAAGUUUUGUGAUUCACCCUCAAAAUACAGAGGUACUAGUUGGAGAAAGUGUCACUCUGGAAUGUAGUGCAACUGGUCAUCCCCAGCCUCGUAUCACCUGGACUAAAGGUGAUAGAACUCCUCUGCCAAAUGAUCCUCGCAUCACAAUAACUCCAUCAGGAGGGCUUUACAUCCAAAAUGUGGAUCAGGAAGAUGGUGGCGAGUAUACAUGUUUCGCAACCAACAGCAUAGACAAUAUCCACGCCACUGCCUUCAUCAUAGUACAAGCUGUGCCUCAAUUUAUUGUGACUCCUCAAGACAGAAGUGUGAUUGAAGGACAGACUGUAGAUUUCCCUUGUGAAGCACGGGGAUAUCCACAACCAGUGAUUGCCUGGACUAAAGGCGGAAGCCAGCUUUCUGUAGAUAGAAGGCACUUAGUCUUGUCAACUGGGACUUUGAGGAUUUCCAGAGUGGCUUUACAUGAUCAAGGCCAAUAUGAAUGUCAAGCUGUCAACAUUGUGGGAUCUCAAAGGGUUGCUGUGCAUCUGAGUGUUCAGCCUAGAGUAACUCCUGUGUUUGCUAAUGUCCCAAGUGAUAUGACAGUAGAGGUUGGAACAAAUGUGCAGAUUCCAUGUAGUUCCCAAGGAGAACCUGAGCCAGUAAUAACAUGGAAUAAGGAUGGUGUUCAGGUCACAGAGAGUGGGAAAUUUCAUGUAAGCCCUGAGGGAUUUCUUACUAUUCAUGACGUUGGACCAGCAGAUCAAGGUCGUUAUGAAUGUGUUGCCAGGAAUACUAUUGGAUAUUCUUCAGUUAGUAUGGUCUUAAGUGUGAAUGUUCCCGAUGUCAGUCGAAAUGGAGAUCCAUUUGUAGCAAGCUCAAUUGUUGAAGCGAUCGCUACUGUUGACAGAGCCAUUAACUCAACACGGACCCAUUUGUUUGACAGUCGCCCUCGUUCUCCGAACGAUUUGCUAGCCUUAUUUCGAUACCCAAGAGAUCCUUACACUGUUGAGCAAGCAAGAGCUGGAGAAAUAUUUGAAAGGACUCUGCAGCUGAUUCAGGAACAUGUUCGAGAUGGUUUAAUGGUUGACCUAAAUGGAACAAGCUAUCACUAUAAUGAUCUUGUAUCUCCACAGUACUUGAACCUGAUAGCUAACCUCUCAGGCUGCACUGCCCACAGGCGUGUGAAUAACUGUUCAGAUAUGUGCUAUCACCAGAAAUACAGAACCCACGAUGGCACCUGCAAUAAUCUGCAGCAUCCGAUGUGGGGAGCUUCUCUCACAGCCUUUGAACGUAUGCUGAAGUCCGUCUAUGAAAAUGGAUUUAAUCUGCCGAGGGGCAUUGGAGUUAACCGCCGUUACAAUGGAUAUACACUCCCAAUGCCACGCUUGGUUUCAACAACUCUAAUUGGAACGGAAACGAUAACCCCCGAUGACCAGUUUAGUCAUAUGCUUAUGCAGUGGGGCCAGUUUCUGGAUCAUGAUCUGGACUCCACAGUUGCGGCCCUAAGUGAGGCCAGGUUUUCUGAUGGUCAGCACUGUAGUUCAGUUUGCACAAAUGACCCUCCGUGUUUCUCCAUUAUGAUCCCACCCAAUGAUCCCCGAGUCAGAAAUGGAGCACGAUGUAUGUUUUUUGUGCGUUCAAGUCCAGUCUGUGGAAGCGGCAUGACUUCCCUUCUCAUGAAUUCUGUGUACCCACGGGAACAGAUCAACCAGCUGACUUCCUACAUCGAUGCAUCCAACGUCUAUGGCAGCUCAGAACACGAGGCCCAGGAAAUCAGAGACGUAGCAAGUCACAGGGGUCUUCUGAGACAGGGCAUUGUGCAGAGAUCUGGAAAGCCUCUCCUCCCAUUUGCUACAGGCCCUCCAACAGAAUGCAUGCGGGAUGAAAACGAGAGCCCAAUUCCUUGCUUUCUCGCUGGGGAUCAUCGUGCCAAUGAGCAGCUGGGGCUCACCAGCAUGCAUACAUUAUGGUUUAGAGAGCACAACAGAAUUGCCACAGAAUUACUGAAACUCAAUCCACACUGGGAUGGUGAUACUAUCUAUCACGAAACGCGCAAAAUUGUUGGUGCAGAAAUGCAGCAUAUAACCUAUAGUCACUGGCUGCCUAAAAUCUUAGGAGAGGUAGGCUUGAAGAUGCUUGGCGAAUAUAAAGGUUAUGAUCCCAAUAUUAAUGCUGGUAUAACUAAUGAGUUUGCAACUGCCGCUUUUAGGUUUGGUCACACAUUAAUCAAUCCCAUACUGUAUCGUCUGGAUGAAAACUUUCAACCUAUUCCUCAAGGCCAUAUACCUCUUCAUAAAGCAUUCUUCUCUCCAUUUCGGAUUGUAAAUGAAGGAGGUAUUGAUCCACUUCUAAGAGGGUUAUUUGGUGUUGCUGGUAAGAUGCGUGUGACAUCACAGUUGCUGAAUACGGAGUUGACAGAGAGGCUUUUCUCAAUGGCACGAGCGGUAGCUUUAGAUCUUGCUGCGAUGAAUAUUCAAAGAGGCAGAGAUCAUGGGAUCCCACCUUACCAUGAUUUUAGAGUGUAUUGUAACCUUUCUUCAGCACACACGUUUGAAGAUUUGAAAAAUGAAAUUAAGAAUCCUGACAUUAGAGAGAAACUCAGGAGAUUAUAUGGCUCACCAGUAAACAUUGAUUUGUUCCCUGCUCUCAUGGUAGAAGAUUUAGUUCCUGGUAGCAGAUUGGGACCGACACUCAUGUGCCUCUUGAGCACACAAUUCAAACGCCUCCGAGAUGGAGACAGGUUAUGGCAUGAGAACCCUGGCGUUUUUACUCCAUCUCAAUUGACUCAGAUCAAGCAGUCAUCCCUGGCCAGAAUUCUGUGUGACAACGGGGACAACAUAACCAGAGUGCAGCAUGAUGUUUUUAGAGUGGCUGAGUUCCCACAUGGAUACGUAAGCUGUAACGAAAUUCCUAAAGUGGAUCUCAGGAUGUGGCAAGAUUGCUGUGAAGAUUGCAGAACUAGAGGACAGUUCAAUGCUUUCUCUUACCACUUCCGAGGAAGACGUUCUCUUGAUUACAGUUUUCGUGAAGACAAGCCUUCAAAGCACAUGAAAAUGUCAUGGACAAGUUUUGCAAGGGAAAAUGCACUUUUUAAUAGCACCAUUUCAUCUCUUGAUGAGCGCAAGAAAGCUCCCAUAAUGAAUGACUUCAAAGAAUUUGUUGGAGACAUGCAGAAAACCAUUACAGACCUCAGAAAACAGAUAAAGAAACUUGAAUCACGGCUCAGUAGAACUGAGUGCACUGACGAAACUGGUAAAUCUUAUUCCAGUAAUGAAACUUGGAAAAAAGAUCCAUGCACCGUAUGUGAAUGCAAGGUUGGUCAGAUAACAUGUUAUGUGGAGUCAUGUCCACCAAAUGAUUGUGCUACGCCUGUGAAGCUCCAAGGAGUUUGCUGUCCUGUCUGCUUAAAACAAACUAUUAGCAAGCAAAAUAAACCCUAAAAUCUGCUUUGCAAUGGUCACAUAUCAAGUUGUACGGAUAUCAGCUGAUGGCAAAUCCAGGUAAUAGUAGGCUUAAAACCACAACAGAGAAGGAAGACAUUACAGGACAGCAUUCAAGUGAUGGUGUUACAGAGUAAGAAAAUAUGUAAUUUUACUUCUUGCCCACUUUUUUUUUAAGUCCACAGUGUAAAAAUAUUGAAAGGGAAUACGCAAUACAGGUCAUGACAAUUUUGUGUUACAUUUUCUCAGGUCAAAUAAACUGAAAACUGGUGCUACUUUUUUGGAAAAAAAACCCCUCUAUCAAGUGGUUUUAUAGUCCCAGUCUUGGGUGUUUGCUUUUUGUCUUUUCAUACACUGGUGGAAGGAAAUGAGGUGCCACUGAAUUGGAUAAAAAGAGGCCGGCAGCUUGCCUUUUUUGCAGUAUAAAACGUAUUGUCUUACCCUUGGAUGUAUAGCUUGGCAUUCCAUCAUACCUUGAUGGAGCUGGUUGGUGUAAGACAUUCCUGAGACUAGUAUUCAACUAAGGCAGCUACAGUAGUUGUGGUGUGAUGCCAUUCUGAUUAGAUGACAUUCACAUAAUACUUCCUAUGCGCAGUGACCAUUUUGAGAGGAUGUUGAGACUUGAGAAGCUUUGUUUUGGUAUAGGUUCCUUCCACCGUUCUGCCAGUAUUGGAUGUCUUUAUGCUUCCCCCAAUUGCCCUGUGUUAUUGCAUAAUAUUAUCUUAUUAGGUGGGGAAAAGUCAUAUGUCUAAAUUUAAUACCCCUCCGAGUCUUGUUACAUAUAUAGAUUGUAAUA